AUGGAUUCCAACAAUUGGUGCCAUAUUGUAUUCAAAUAUGGAGGAUAUUGGAGCACAGUAAAGGGACAGAACAGGCUAAAAUAUGUUGGUGGUAAUCAGAGAACUUUAAAGCUUGGGAAAAAUGAUGUUAAUUUGAUUUUACUGAAAGAACGAACCGAAGCAUUAUGCUCGUGGCUACGGGGUCAUGACUAUGACCUACACUAUCACAUUAACGGAACAUCCCCUAAAAAUUACAGGCCCAUUAUAAGUGAAACUGAUGUAGUGGACAUGCUUACAUAUUCUUCUGAUUCCAACAAAAUGGAGGUUGUUGUUGUUGUGAAAGAGCUUGAAGAAGAUAUGGGUAUUACUUGUGAUAGCCAUCAUGUUGAGACGCAUGAUUUAAGUGGGAGAAAAAUGGCAAACAAUGAUGCAAUAGUUGGUGGAAUGUCUGAUGGCUUUCUUGAGACUCCAGAUUUAGAGGCUAAUUUGCUAGUUGUGGGAUCGCGUUUUGAGGAUUCAUUCAGUUUCAAACAAUGCAUUCGUUCCAACGCAAUAAUACAUAACUAUGAUAUCAAGAUAAAGGCAAGUGACAAAUCACGAGUUAUUGCUACAUGCUCAUAUCGUGGUUGUCCUUGGAGGAUAAGAGCUUCGUUAUGUUCUGAUGGUCACUCCUUUGAAGUGAAAAAAUUACAUCCUACACAUUUAUGCCCAGGGGUCAACAGAGCUGGGAACAAGCAAGCAACUACAAGCUGGGUUGCGCAAGAAAUCCAGGAUAUUGUCAAAAGAAAUCCAGAUAUUACACCAAAGGAUAUUAGUAAUAACUUGGAGAGUACUUAUGGUUUAAGUUUGCCCUACAUGAAAAUAUGGCGAUCAAGGGCACUAGCAAGAGAUCAGAUGUUUGGAUCAAUAGAUGAGAACUACAAGUUGGUUCCAAUGUUAAGGUCUGAAUUACGCAAAAGAAAUUCAGGAUCUCAUAUUACAUAUCAAUGUGACAACAACAACAAAUCAUUCAAAAGAUUCUUUGUUAGUUUUAAAGUUUGCAUUGAUGGCUUUCUCUCCGGUUGUAGAUAUUUAAUUGGUGUUGAUGCGUGCCAUUUGAAAUCAAAAUAUUUGGGUGUUCUACUUUCUGCAAAUUGUCUUGAUGGAAAUAAUGGCCUUUUCACUAUUGCAUUUGCUGUUGCUGAAUCAGAAUCAAGGAAGAGUUGGGAGUGGUUUUUAAAGAAUUUGUCUGAAGCUUUUUGUUGUGAAAUAGAACACUUGGCCUUCAUAUCUGAUAUGGAAAAAGGACUUGGUGAAGCAAUAAAGGUUAUUUUUCCAAAAGCUGAGCAUAGGGUAUGUAUGAGACACCUUUGGAAGAACAUUAAGAAAUUUUUCCGCUGCGAAGAUGGGCAAAAAUUGCAGAAAUUAGUUUGGACUGCUGCAAAUUGUUUUAGUCAGCACACUUUCAAUGCCAAUUUUGAAGAAAUUCGUAAGCUUAGUCCUGGAGUAUAUUCAUAUCUAAGUGCAUUGACAUGUAAGUGGUCUAAAUCCACUUUUUCUCAACAUAUUAAAAACUACUACAACACAAAUAAUAUGUCAGAAUCUUUUAAUUCAUGGGUGGAAGAGGCUAGGAGUAAACCAGUCGUUGAUCUAAUCGACAUGAUUAGAGGAAUGAUAAUGGAACAACGUUCCCAAAGGAAGGUGAAUUGUAGUUCUUGGAAGGGGCCACUUGUUCCUUGCAUGGAGGAAUAUCUUAGAGAUAUUACAACAACGAAAGAUCACUUUCUUAUUCGCCAAUCUACUCCGUCUAAGGCUGAGGUCGAAGGAAGGUACGAGCGGCAUGAGGUGGAUAUUGAGAACCAUAUAUGUAGUUGUGGAUUUUGGCAAGUGUCUGGACUUCCAUGCGUACAUGGUGCCGCAUUCAUUGGAUCUAAACAUUACAAUAUUUGGCACACCUACGUGGACGAUCACUACUACACAUCUAGAUAUAGAAUGGCUUAUGAAGGAGCGAUAGGAACACUACCAGGGAAGGAUCAGUGGUCGAUACUUAGUGAUGGCGAGGAUGUUGGUCCACCAAUUUCACGUAGGCCUCGUGGAAGACCGAAGAAAAGAAGAAUUAAAAACUUCUUAGAAACCACAAAGAAGACUAAAAUCAGUCAUAAGUGUGGACGUUGCAAUUCUGUUGGCCACCAUAGAAACACUUGUAAGAACCCUUUGAAUGGUGAUGGACAAGAAAAUGAUGUUGACUUUGAAAUGCCAACAGUUUCCGCUCCACGUGAAAAAUUCCCGAUUAGGCGUGCUGAUCAUUGCUAA